CAGAGACAGAGACAGAGACAGAGACAGAGAGAGAGAGAGAGAGAGAGAGAGAGAGAGAGAGAGACUGGUACUGGUAUAAAACCUCCCACUCCUGUGAGCGCUCCCAUUUCUCCGGUGCAUCUUGGAGAGGAGUGAGAGCGUGUGACUGGAGAGAAACAGACAGAGACUACCCAAGGAUGAAGCUGGUGUUUGUGGCUGUGUUAGCGCUCUUUACGCUCAGCUCUGUGGAUAGAGUGGAUUCUUCAGCCUACGACAAAAUAGUGACACACAGUCGUAUCCGGGCCAGACUCCAGGGACCCAAUGUGUGUGCCAUGCAGCAGGUGAUGGGGACCAGGAAGAGGAAGUACUUCAGUACAUGUAGGAACUGGUAUAAAGGCUCCAUCUGUGGGAAGAAGGCGAUGGUUGUCUAUGAGUGCUGUCCAGGCUACAUGAAGCUGGAAGGCAUGAAAGGAUGCCCUGCAGUGGCUCCUAUAGACCAUGUGUAUGGCACAUUGGGCUUGGUGAAGGCUAGGACAACCCAGAAGUACUCAGCCCUCUCUAAGCUGAGGGAGGAGAUUGAAGGGAAGGGAUCGUUCACUAUGUUUGCCCCUAGCGACGAGGCCUGGGACCUGCUGGACCCUGAGGUGCGUGGUGCCUUGGUGAGCAACGUGAACAUCGAGCUGUACAACGCCCUGCACUACCACAUGGUCAACCAUCGCAUGCUAACUAAAGACCUGAAGAAUGACAUGUCUAUCACCUCCAUGUACAACAACCUAGGACUCUACAUUAAUCACUACUCAAAUGGGAUCGUCACGGUGAACUGUGCCAGGAUUAUCCAUGGUAACCAGGUGGCUACCAAUGGAGUGGUUCAUGUCAUCGACCGUGUCAUCACUAACGUGGUCAACACCAUCCAGGACGCCCUGGGAGUUGAUGACGACCUCUCCUCCUUCAGCGCUGUAGCCUUGGCCUCAGGUGUGAUGGAAAAACUGGGCCAGCCAGGUCACUUCACCCUGUUCGUUCCCACUGAUGAUGCCUUCAGGAACCUUGAGGACGGCUUCCUGGAACGCAUUAUGGGAGACAAGGCUGCUAUCACAGCCCUGGUCAACUACCACCUGUUGAACAGUGUGCAGUGCUCUGAGGCCAUCUUGGCAGGCUCCGUGCACGAGACGGCAGAGGGAAGCACCGUUGAGAUCGGCUGUGACGGAGACAGCCUGACGGUCAACGGUAUCAAGAUGGUCCUGAAGAAAGACAUUGUCACCACCAACGGAGUCAUCCACCUCAUCGACCGGGUCCUCAUACCUGACUCAGCCAAGGAGGUGAUGGAGCUGGUUGGUGAAUCCCAGAGCACCUUCAGAGACAUGGUGUCAGAGCUCGGCCUAUCAGCUGCAAUGAAGCCAGAGACAGAGUACACUCUAUUGGCUCCCCUCAACCCAGCUUUCUCUGAUGAGGUGAUGUCUUUAGACCAGAGCCUGUUGAAGGUGAUCUUGGAGAACCACAUUCUGAAGCAAAAACACAAACUGAGUGAACUCUACAACGGACAGCUGUUGGAGACCAUCGCUGGAAAACAACUACGGGUCUUCAUCUACCGCACUGCUGUGUGUAUUGAGAAUGCCUGCAUGGUGCGGGGCAGUAAAGAGGGCAGCAACGGAGCCCUUCACCUGAUGAGGUCUCUCAUCAAACCAGCUCAGACCACCAUCUACCAGGUUCUCAUGGCAGAGGGACGCUUCAACAUCUUCCUGUCUCUGAUGAAGAGCGCAGGUCUGACAGAGCUGUUGAAACAGGAGGGCUCCUACACCGUGUUCGCACCCACAGAUGAAGCCUUCGACGGGCUCACAGAACGGGACAUCACCCUGCUGGCCAGCGACGUGAACGCUCUGAGGACCAUCCUCCUGUACCACUUCAGUAACGGAGUGUUCAUCAACGGCGGACUGGAGGGAGGGGUCACCAACCUGCUCAAGACCAUCCAGGGACACAACCUGCAAGUGCUGUCUGUGAACAAGUCCAUCCACGUGAACUCGCUGGACGUGCCGGACAUUGAUCUGAUGGCCACCAACGGAGUGGUUCACGUAGUGAAGAACAUCCUUUACCCCGGGGACCUGCCUGUGGGUCGUGAGUCUCUGCUGGAGCUGCUGAAGAAACUCAUCAAGUACAUCCAGUUCAAGUACGUCUCUGGAUUCUCCUACCCCAAAAUCCCCCUCACCUUCAUCAAGAGGACAAUCACCACGACAACUCACGUCCAAGCGGAAUCACACGUGGAUUCAGUGCCUGAAAUCACCAAGGUGACCAGAGUCAUCAAAGGAGAGCCGACCUUCACCAAGGUUACGAGGGUCAUCGAGGGCGAACCCACUAUCACCAAGGUUACCAGGGUCAUCGAGGGCGAACCCACUAUCACCAAGGUUACCAGGGUCAUCGAGGGCAAACCCGCUAUCACCAAGGUUACGAGGGUCAUCGAGGGCGAACCCGCUAUCACCAAGGUUACGAGGGUCAUCGAGGGCGAACCUGCUAUCACCAAGGUUACCAGGGUCAUCGAGGGCAAACCCGCUAUCACCAAGGUUACCAGAGUCAUCAAGGGCGAACCCACAAUCACCAAGGUUACCAGAGUUGUCAAGGGCGAACCCACAAUCACCAAGGUUACAAGAGUCGUCGAGGGUGAGCCUACCCUCAACAAGGUGAAAAGGGUAAUCGAGGGAGAACCCGCUAUCACCAAGGUUACCAGGGUCAUCGAAGGACUGCCUUCCAUCACAAAGGUCACCAGAGUUAUUGAGACUCACCGUGGUUCCUCAGAUGGAAGGCUGGAGACUGAAGGAGACAUCAACAAGAUGCUUGAAGAAGGCCCGGAAUUCUCUAAGAUCACCACCAUCCACGGCAACCCGGAAAUGAUCGACCAAGAGUCAGAGAGGAUCACCAAACUAAUCCAAGGCCCGGAAUUCUCUAAGAUCACCACCAUCCACGGCAACCCGGAAAUGAUCGACCAAGAGUCAGAGAGGAUCACCAAACUAAUCCAAGGUGGAGGUAGUAUGGGGGCCCCUGCCAAAAGAGCUCCUGUUGGUGUAAGGAGGAGGAAGGUAAGGCUGGUAAGACGCCACAACAACCAAAAGUCACAUCCAGCCAAGACCAGUCCAUACCAGUCCAGGCCUGCCCAGUCCAUAUCAGUCCAGCCCUGACCAGUCCAUACCAGUCCAGCCCUGACCAGUCCAAACCAGUAAAACCAAACCAGCAAAAAACAGUCCAGACCAGCCAAGACAAGUCCAAGCCAGCAAAGACCAAUCCAGACCAGUAAAAACCAGUAAUGACCAGUCUAGACCAAUCCAGACCAGUAAAAACCGGUAAUGACCAGUCCAGACCAGUAAAAACCGGUAAUGACCAGUCCAGACCAGUAAAAAACGGUAAUGACCAGUCCAGACCAGUAAAAACCGGUAAUGACCAGUCCAGACCAGUAAAAACCGGUAAUGACCAGUCCAGACCAAUAAUGACCAGUCUAGACCAGACUAGCCCUGCAGGAAUAUCUUUCCAGAUCACCAUAGAGACACUGCAAGGAGCUCGCCAAGGUACACAGCAACACAAAAACACUUUCUAAGUUCCCUUGAUGGGAAACAAAAGGAAGAACCCAUGUGGAACAUCUAUAACAAUCAAGUAAGCUACCUGGGAGCAAAAGAUGUUGAAAAGACGUUGGAAAUGCACAUUUCUUUGGUUGAAAAGACGUUGGAAAUACGCAUUUCUUUGGUUGAAAAGACGUUGGAAAUGCGCAUUUCUUUGGUUGAAAAGACGUUGGAAAUGCACAUUUCUUUGGUUGAAAAGACGUUGGAAAUGCGCAUUUCUUUGGUUGAAAAGACGUUGGAAAUACAUAGUUUCAACCAAUUUUGCUCACUGGGCAGCGGUGAACAAUGAAAUCAACCCAGAGUGAGUCAACUGGGCCAAUGGUGUCGGACAUGAUAUGUUUUAACAAUACUAAGAGAAUCAGUAAUCCCUACAUGUAAUGUAUGUACUGUAUGUGAAGAAAUGUACUUUUAUUAACUUUUAUCAACUUUUGCUUUGGUGUGGAUUAGGUAGAACAUUGGAAAUAAUAAUUGUACGGUGGAAAGAAUAAACGUUUGUUUGUUUUUUGUUAAACACAUGAUUUAAUAGGGGAAGACAUUUUGUACUCUUAUUAUGGCGCUGGCAUUCUGUAUUGUGCAUCUCGACCAAUAGAAAUGAAGCACUCUGUCUUAUGGAUGCUUCUUGACCAAUAAGAAUGAAGCAUUCUGUUUUAUGGAUGCAUCUCAACCAAUAGAAAUGAAGCAUUCUGUCUCAUGGUUGCUUCUUGACCAAUAAGAAUGAAGCAUUCUGUUUUAUGGAUGCAUCUCAACCAAUAGAAAUUAAGCAAUACUUUUUAUCCUUUAAAGAUGCUGUAAUUAUCAAAACUUGACAAACCAACCAGAUUUUUUUUGUUUUACUUAGUUUUUAGUUUUUCCUGUUUCGAUGACUGUUUUCUGAUUAAUUUGUUGGGGUUUGUUAUUGAUUGAGACUGUUGAUGUUCAGUUGUACAAUAAGGCAUAAGACCUACCCAACAUAAGACCUACCCAACAUAAGACCUACCAAACAUAAGACCUACCCAACAUAAGACCUACCAAAC